GAUCCGCCCGUUUAUGUGCCACGUGCUUCCUCGUGCACCGACAGAUCACGUCGUGUUAAUACAGAACCGGCUCACUUACACGACAGACCUCACCACAGACACCCAUCCAGUCUGACUUGCCUGGAGAUAGGAGAAAGCACCAUGGAGGCACCGAGCGGCUUUGAUAUUGAUGCUCCGCGCUGGGAUCAGUUCACUUUCAUGGGCCGUCUCAAACACUUCUUUAACAUUACAGACUGUCGCACCGUCCUCCUGGGUAAUGCCAAACUGGAUGAAGCAAAAGCUUUAGUGGAUAGUUGCAGAGCGGGCUCUAUCCCUCCAGGUACAACUGAUGAACAGCUGUAUUAUGCCAAGAAGCUCUAUGACUCGGCAUUUCACCCUGAUACUGGUGACAGGAUGAACUUGAUUGGCAGAAUGUCUUUCCAAGUGCCAGGGGGCAUGGCUAUCACUGGCUUCAUGCUGCAGUUCUACAGGACGGUGCCUGCUGUGGUGUUUUGGCAAUGGGUAAAUCAGUCCUUCAAUGCUCUGGUCAACUACACCAAUCGUAACGCUGCCUCCCCCAUCACACCAAAACAGAUCGGUGUGGCUUAUGUAACUGCAACAAGUACCGCAUUGGCCACUGCUGUGGGUCUGAACCUUUACACAAAGAAAGCACCUCCUCUGGUGGCUCGCUGGGUUCCUUUUGCAGCCGUGGCUGCAGCUAACUGUGUAAAUAUCCCUAUGAUGAGACAACAGGAGAUCUUGAAUGGCAUUGCAGUCACAGAUGAAAAUGGCAAUAAACUUGGUGACUCGAGAAAAGCUGCUGCAAAGGGGAUCACACAGGUGGUCAUUUCCCGAAUCACCAUGGCAGCACCGGGCAUGAUCAUCCUCCCUAUUAUAAUGGAGAGAUUAGAAAAAUACAGAUUUAUGAAGAAAAUUACAUUUCUUCAUGCACCACUGCAAGUGAUGAUGGUUGGAGUAUUCCUGAUAUUCAUGGUGCCUGCAGCAUGUUCACUGUUUCCACAGAGAUGCUCUCUGCCUGUGUCUAAACUGGAGCCAGAGCUCAGAGAAUCCAUCAUCUCCCAGUAUGGUGAUGGCAUCACCCAUGUUUAUUUCAACAAAGGCUUGUGAUACUGUUACCCUGCUUCUCUUAGGCUGUAGGAACAUCAUCUGAUCCUGAACUUAGCCAAUCCUGAGCAAGAUCAGAGGGACUGGUUACUCAUAUUCACACAAUUAGUACAGCUUGUUUUAUAAUAUUUUAAUUGUAUUGCUUUUCUACAGUAUUUGACAUUAUUUGUAGGGGUAAUGGUUUUGCUAUAAUUUGUUGCCUUUGGCUUACCUCUGAAAAAUGGUGUUUUUGCACUGUUUCAAUUUGAGUUAGGCCAGAAAUUUAACAGGUGAAUUGCGAGUUGGAUAUAUAUAUCGAUUAAGUAUUAAUUGGCAGUAAAUUUUAUUGGUCAAUAAUUAAUUAAUGAAUUUCUACAAUUCUGUAUGAAUGGGCCUUUUCUUGACAUAUAUGGUCAAGAGCAGUAUUUUAGAGUUUUCCAACAAUUAUUACUAGUGAUUAAGGAGAGUGGGAAUGCCGUUGCAUACUGAUCUCUCAGGUGUUUUUCAUUUAAAGGUUAUAUGCUUUAAAGCUUUAUUGAUUUCUUGAAUAGUUCAGGUAUCCAGCUACCAAGCUGGUAAAGAUUCUAAAGACAAACAUCCUCAAGGUCAAACAAUUGUGUUAAAAUGUUUAUUCUUUGUCUUUUUCAUCCAGAUUUUGGUGAAUAAUUUUGUUACAUUUUGUUGACAUAUUUGGUCAAAUGCCCAUAUGAGCUCAAACAGAGACUAGUAGCGAAUGCUACCUCUCUCUUACUUGUUUACAAAUAAAGCAGUAAAUCUGUGAGGGUAAAUUAAUAGCUGUAUGCCAUAUGAUUACACAAUGAUUGAGCAUGUGCUGUGCAAGCCUGGUGUUUUUUUUCUCCAUCCUCUUUAUAACAAAUAUACGAUUUUGCCGAAAAAUGUUUUCAUUUGCAAUCGAUUGCAUACUUUUUGAUAGCAACUGAAUGAAUGGUGCUGUAAGGGUAUGUCACUGUAUUUAAUUGUUGUCUUUUGUUGUUCUGAAGAGAGAUGUGCCCAAAAAAAACAUUUGACUGGAAA